GGUGUAUUUCACUCGCCCUCCCUUCUCUCUCUGCUGAGAGACAAGAGUCACUGGAAGGGAGGGCAAACAACAGACAGCAGCAAUGCUCAACUGCUUGGUGACCCUGCUGGGAAUAUUCAUCUGUGUUCCCCUUCUCCUGUUCAUGGCAGCUCCCUACAUCAGGAGGUACAUAGCAGGAGGGGUGUGUAAGUCAACAGCUAAGCUGAAUGGGAAGGUGGUGGUAAUCACGGGAGCCAACACAGGCAUUGGAAAGGAGACAGCCAGAGAUCUCGCACAAAGAGGUGCCAGGGUGAUCAUUGCCUGCAGAGACAUGGCAAAGGGGGAAGCAGCAGCCUGUGAGAUCCGAGCAGAGACAGGGAAUCAACAAGUAAUUGUGAAGAAGCUGGAUCUGGCAGAUACCAAAUCUAUCCGAGAGUUUGCUGAGAACUUCCUAGCAGAGGAGAAGGAGCUACAUAUCCUCAUUAACAAUGCAGGUGUGAUGCUGUGCCCUUACUCAAAGACGGCUGAUGGCUUUGAGAUACAUCUGGGAGUCAAUCACCUUGGUCACUUCCUCUUGACCUUCCUGCUGUUGGAGUGCCUGAAGCAGUCGGCCCCAGCCCGCAUAGUGAAUGUGUCCUCACUGGCUCAUCAUGGAGGCAGGAUCCGCUUCCAUGACCUCCAGGGUGAGAAGUGCUACAACUGGGGCCUUGCGUAUUGUCACAGUAAAUUGGCCAAUGUACUCUUCACCCGGGAGCUGGCUAGACGCCUUCAAGGCACUGGAGUCACUGCAAACUCGCUGCACCCCGGCUCUGUUAAUUCCAGAUUGGGCCGGCACUCGAUUCUAUUGACCCUGUUGUGGAAGACAUUUUCUUUCUUCUUGAAGACUCCACGCGAAGGAGCCCAGACCAGCGUAUACUGUGCAGUGGCUGAGGAGCUGGAGUCUGUGACUGGACAGUAUUUCAGCCCUCCUACACCUUCUGCUGUCAGCUUGGAAAACUGCCUUCAAGCCACUGGCUCCUCAGACAACCAUGCUGAAGAACUUGACUGCCGGCCAGCCUAUGUUUCCCCUCAGGGCCGGAACGAUGAGCUGGCAAAGAAGUUGUGGAAUGUCAGUUGCGAGCUGCUGGGCAUCCAGUGGGACUGAACUGUCAAAACCCCUGAUCUCUAGCUGGAUGGGCCUGGAUUUGAUGAUCUUAAGGAGCAUUUUGCUUGGGUAGAGGAACACAAGCAACCAUGCACCCUGCCUGGGACUUGCAGCGGCUCUACCAGUGAUUUUAUAGACACAAUUGCCCUUAAACUUCUGAGAUACCUUAUGUUUUAAAAGAAAAGGUGAGAUUAUUGCCCCACUCAUCCCUCUUUCCUAACUGGAGGCUCAGGGCAAAGUGCAGUGACUCAGGGCUUAUCCUUUCCCCACCCCGCCUUCCAUUCCACAACACAUUCUUCCCCCGGUUCCCCAAUAGAAAUGGAGGCUUUAGGUCAGUUAGGUUUCUGUACAAGUCAAUUUAGAAAUUUUGCUUUAUGCUUAUGGAAGAGUCUUUAUGCAGCAGUAGUAACCAGACUGGUUGAGAGUUUCCUUCAAUAUAUGCUCCACUGAGUCACUUGUCUCUGCUCCACUGCUUGGAAGGGGAUCCUAAAGCUGCAGCAACCCCCAGCUUAAAGGAGCAAGUCUUAAGUGAUCCAAGUGCUGAGGCCCCUCAGGAUUGUUAAUCAAGUGUAUUUCAGUAGCCCUUGUUGACGCAACCAGGCUUGAGGACCACUUUGUGCUAGGCACUGCGUAAACUGCCACAUGUACCUUGUAGGUGGUUUUGGAAUGCCGAGCGGGGGAAGGGGGAGAAGAGCUGCCAGUAGAGAGAGUGAGCAGAGAAUUGUGAGUGGUGUAUAGGGUAGUAAGUAACAGAGCCUGCCCUUGACUUAGAGUAACUCAAGCUGUGUCUGAUACAUCCCUGCCACGUUUGCUGUCCUGAUGGAGGAUGUUGGAAUUGCAGCCAUAGACAAAGGCAGGGAUCAUCCCUAGCGAGACAGCAAUGGCCACAUUAGCAAUGGGGCAGGAAGGUGAGAGUACAACCUAGUUUACAUUGGCAUUAAGUUUGCCUGCCCAGUAGUUCUAGAGAGAGGCUAGCCAAGGGUGGCAUGUGGCACUUACAACACAUUGGACACACCUGUUGCAAAGGGCAAGUAAAGUUGGUCAUUGCUGCAGUCAUGCAGGCUCCAAAUUCUUCCCACCCUGUGUGGUAAUUGAGCUGCUUGCCUAUAAGAGGUCAUAUUUUACACCUCAUUUGAUUUUUUUUUUUCUGGAAGCAUCACAUGGCUAAAAUGUCACUGCAGUCAGGGUAUCACAGCUUGCAGGGUUGCCUUCCGCCUGCUAGGAAAUCUAGACAUUCAGUCCUGUACUCUGUGUGGUCACAAGUGAAUGGCAUUUUCUAGAAGAAGCAGAUGCCUAGUUCCUGAUUUAGGUUAGCACUACCAGCUCUCUCUACAGCAAUGCUCGACCCUGCAAGUCACCACUGAGUUACCUCCAACCAUGACAUUACUAAAUAAAAUCAUUCCUGUUUUAUGCUGUUA